GCAGGGUUGUCGUUCCAGACGUGCGCGUGGUGGCUGCCGUCAACCCGAGGCUGGUGGUGACGCCCGAGGACUCCGGCGGCCGCAGAUACGCCCACAGGCCUCACGCCCACCAAGAAGACCAUAUAGAGGGCCACUUUGGUGGGUGCACAGGUGCUCCCACUGCGGCCGGGAAUUUCGGUCCCGCAGUAACCUGAGUCGCCAUGUCCGCGACCACCACACCGCCCACGACCCUAGCGCCGCACUCUGCCCUGUCUGCGGCAAGAAUUGCCGCAACCGCUCCAAUGUCCUCACACACAUGUACCGCGUCCACCACGUCACCGCCCGGCAGCUCGACGCCUUCGCUCACCCGCUCAGCCUCCCUGCUGCCGCCGCCGCCGCCGCCGCCGC